AUGCCUACUCGAGAGUCGCUUACAGCCAAUGGAAAGCCCAGAAAGCGUGCUACCGAAGCUUGUACUACAUGCCGCCGCAGAAAGAUCAAAUGCGAUGGGGCCCAGCCCAAUUGCGUCAAUUGCAAAACUUUCAAUCGGAUAUGCUCGUACGAGCCGAUCGAAGAAGAAGUCCGCCGCCAGCAAAAGCCGAGGAAACGUGUUCGGCGUGGAACGACAUCGGAUGCAUCGCCUACAAGCAGCCUAAUCGGAAAUGAAGGCGAUCAACAAACAACUGUUCCUGCCAGAGACACCCAAAGAAAUGUUUCUACGAUAGUCUUCUCCGCAAACGGAACUUCAAGCUACCAUGGGCAAACGAGCGCUCUUUUUGAAGAGCUGCAUUCUGAGCCUUUACUGCAAGCAAGACCGAUACCCAGGAUAUCUGAGGCCUGGGCCGAAAAGGGCCUUGUCGCAGAAGCGGCUAAACAAAGACAGAUGGAAGACGUGAACUUUGCCGCAGGAACCCUUGAUUUCGAUGGAGUUGAUCCUGAUCUCGGCAUGCAUCUCCUUUCUCUGCAUUGGAAUCGUCAACAUCACUCAUUCUUGAUUACGUAUAGACCUGUGUUCAUGAGAGAUAUGGCCUGCCAGGGGCCUUACUUCUCAAGGAUUCUAUUGAACGCCAUCUACUUUGGAGCAGCAAAGUUUAGUCCUCGCCUAGAAGUUCGGAAGGACCCGAAUGAUGUUAGGACUGCUGGGUGGCAGUUCAGAGAGCGUGUUCGAGAACUUCUAGGGAGCGCACUAGACAAAAGUGAGAUUACUACCAUUCAGGCUCUCCUAGUCAUGACAAACUCCCUAUUCGCUCUUGGCGACGAACGAAGCGCAGCUUGGCUGUACGCUGGACUUGCAUUUCGGAUGAUCAUCGAUCUAGGCAUGCAUGUUGACGCGCCGGACAUCUUGUCUGUUCGCAAACUUUCAGAAGAAGAUAUCGAAGUACGUCGUCGAGUCUUCUGGGGAGCGUUUGUUGUCGACAAGAUCCAGUCGCUGUACCAUGGCCGACCAGUGACUUUUCAAGGGCAAGACGCUAGAGUCCCCAUAAAGUUCCUAGACACAUUUGAGGAGCUGGAGAGGUGGAAGCCUUUUGCUUAUACUCCACAAAUCGAACAAUAUGGCGGUUGUCCUGCGUUUAGCGUAUCGACCUUUAGCCAUUUGUGCAAGCUUUCUGUCAUUCUGGGGGACAUUCUUACAUCGAUUUAUGCUGAAAACAGCUCAGAAAGAACUCCAGACGAGCUAUCCAGGCUUUUAGAGGAGCUGAAUGGAAAGCUGGUCCAAUGGCGCAAUUCAAUUCCGAAGCACAUGGAAUUCGAUCAUACUAAGCCGACGCUCUCAGAUCCGCCGCCACAUAUUUUCUCUUUACUCAUCAUGCACCAAGUAUUGGUGAUCCUACUACAUCGUCCCUUUGUCGCUGAUGGCCACCUCUAUCGCAAUGCACGAUCAGUUCCUGCCAAUGCGUUUGCGGCGUGCGCAACAGCAGCCACUCAGAUCGUACAUCUUUUACGAGCCUACGACAAAGCCUUUUCGAUCCGCAAAGCCCCGUAUCUCAUCUCAUAUGCUUGCUACGUUAGUGCUACUAUACAUGCGCGGAUUGUGGCGCAACGUGGCCGCUUAUCUGAGGCAUAUUCUUCUGUUGAGACUUGUCUCGCUGUCUUCGAAGAGAACCAAGAGACUAACUGGGCUGUCAAGCGAGCCAAUAUCAUCAUCCAGAAUCUACUCAAGAAGCUGGGUUCUACUUUGCCCCAGAGACCAUGGAAGAUCUCCAGUAAUGCGAACAUACCUAACUCCAGUGGCGAUACUGACCCACCUCCUGCGACGGCGCCGUUAUCACUUGCCGACUCCUCUGCCGUUGAGCAGCCGUCCCCAACGUCGAGUCUGGACUUGGACGCAAUCAUACAGAGUUUUGCCCCUGACCAGGAUCUAUCUCAGUCUGAGUUUACAAUCCGCACCGAUCAUCCGAUUUCUGGAGAUUUCUAUCCACCACAAGGGCAGUCUGGUUCAUACAACUCCGCGUAUCCAUUGCAGAUGGCCUACAAUCCAUAUAACUCUGAUCCUAACAUUGACGAUCUCUUGUUCGGGUUCAACAGCUCUACUCUCGACAAUUUCUCCUUCCCAGACUGGACAGGUACAUGA